AGUCUCAAAUAGUCCCUGGCGGGCCGGACACCGCGCGGCGAUGCGUGCAGGGGCCAGCGGGUUUCUCAAGCGCUGCCGCAGCCGACUGGCGGCGCCGGCGCAGCCGCCCAGGCCGCCGCCCGCGCGGAGGAGCUCCGCGUGGGCAGGCCGCGCCGCGGCCCCCCCAGGCGGGUCGGUCGAGUGCCUGCUGAGUCCCGACGGCAGCGUCCUCUACGUCGCCACGGCCCGCGGCAGCCUUCACGCGCUCGGGGCCGCCUCGGGGGCGCAGAGGUGGGCGCAGCCUGCCCCGCGCAGCGAGGGCGUCGUCGGGCCGCUGCUGGUGCGCCCCGACGGCGCCGAGCUGAUCCUGCAGACUGCAGGCGCGGAGCUGCGCUGCCUCGAUGCCGCCACGGGCGGUGCGCGGUGGGCGCAGCCCCUCGCCGCGGGGGCGGCCGCCGGCGGGCCGCCGCCCGCUCGGCCGGCGAUGGCGGUGAGCCCCGACGGCGCCUGUGUGUUGUCGAGCACCGCCGGCGGGGAGCUGCGCGCGCUCGCGGCGGCCUCGGGCGAGCCGAGGUGGACAUACGUUGUGGGCGACGCGCUGCCAGACGAUUGGUCCUUUUUGAUUAGCCCCGACAGCACGACCAUCGCCUUCUGGGCUGGAGACGGGCGGCUCCACGCGGUCUGCGCCCGCACGGGCGAGCCGCGGUGGCGCAGCGGGCAGGCCGAGGCCCGUGCGGCAGACGACGCGGCGGCGAGGAAACAAAGCCGAUGGACCUCAGCGAAUCGUCGGAGUCGAUGAGCCCCGUGGAUGUCUCUCUCGAGCCUGCGGCGACGCUCGGCACGCUCACGUCGGACCAGUUGUCGGAGUGAGGUGCGUAUGUCCUGCAGCUCCUGGUACUCGGGGAAGAGCAUGGGCCGAUGUUGCAGCACGCU